AUGGAGAAGAACUUUGAUGAGAUAGCUGGUGGUAGCCAAGAUGGCAGUUCCAGCGAUCUGGAGCACAUCGAGGUUGACUGGACUGAAGAAGAGGAAGCGAAACUCAUUCGCAAGGUCGAUUUCACUAUUAUGCCACUCUUGGUCCUUGGCUUCUUUGCCCUUCAACUCGAUCGAGGAAAUAUUGGAAAUGCUCUCACAGACUUUUUCAUGGCUGAUGUUGGGAUUACUCAAAGCCAGUUCAAUGUUGGACAGCAGCUUUUAUCUGCGGGUAUUGUCUUGCUUGAGAUACCCAGCAACUUUAUCCUCUACCGUGUUGGGCCCGCCAAGUGGAUUGGAUCUCAGAUCAUUGCUUGGGGUCUCGUUGCCACGUUUCAGGCCUUCCAGAAAGGUUUAGGUGCUUUUCUUUCGACUCGACUUCUUCUUGGUCUUUGUGAAGCGGGCUUCAUCCCUGCUGGGCUAUAUACAAUUACUCGAUGGUACAAGCGUGAUGAAACCAGCAAGCGAUUCUCUAUCUACUUCCUGGGUAACAUGCUUGCGUCUGGAGCAUCAGGUCUCAUUGCAUAUGGAAUUCUUCACAUGCGAGGUAUUGGCGGACUUGGAGGUUGGCAAUGGCUUUUCAUCCUCGAAGGUAUCUUCACCAUCCUUGUUGGAAUUCUCUUCAUCCUGUUCUUCCCAGACAGUCCCUUCAACCCCGUCUCACUCUUCAAGUUCGGUGUCUUCACUGAGAGGGAGAAAGAGAUCCUAACGAAAAGAAUACUGAAGGAUGAUCCUUCCAAGAUUCACGCAAAGCCAAACGUUACUCAAGAAGAGUUUCGUAAUGUGAUGACAAACUGGAGACUCAUCCCCCAUGUUUUACUCACUAUCAGUGCUCUCGCGCCCGCUACAACCAUGAGCUCCUACUCGCCAAGCCUUGUGAAGUCAUUCGGUGAUAAGCUUCAAAUGCGUGGUCCUCUGGUUGCAUUUGGAAUCUUCAUGUUCUGGGCAUUCACGAUUGCUGAUCGUGUCAUGGUGUUUUCACCCGAUGGGCAUACACGAUUCGCUCUGUUAACAUUAACUCAUGCUUUCGGAUGGCAAUGGCAUCCCCUGAAUGGUUCUUGGAUGGCCCUCAACGCUGGUUCCGCUGGAGAGAGAUCUAUCACCAUGGCCAUCCUCAUCAUGUCAGCUAACACAUCUGGCAUCAUUGGAAGUCAACUCUUCCAAGAGCAUGAUGCUCCUCUUUACAAAACAGGUUGGACUGCUAUCAUGGCUCUGGCUUCGGUUGGUCUUGUUAUGGCUGUCAUUGCGAACUUGCAGUACUUUUUCCUCAACGGCCGGCGGAUAGGUCGCAAGGGAUUGAAGUAUAGCCCUUAA